AUGAGGCACGCGACAACACUUCAGUGGAGGUUCCCGACACAGAUUCCGUGGAAGAUCGAAGUCGAUUCUGAGGAGGAACCUGACACGUCUCCGGCAGGCUCUGCCAACAAUACCACCUUGCCUACCGCCAGCACGUCUGUACCUUCUCCCGCGGCAUCCUCUACUAUGGAUGACACUGUAAAUGCGAAUCUACAAUCCCAUAUCGCAAAACAUCCUUCAACUCUAGGUGGCGGGGCGCUGGGAGUAGACGUGGUAGCACGUGGUAUAGCGGCGAACUCUGUACCCUGGGACAGGGCAUCUGUGCCUACAUUUGCACCGUUCUUUCCGAGAGCAGUCACUACGAAUGAAGUGGUCUUUUUUUUCGCUGGCGUUGCCCUGAGUACCUUGAUUAGGGAGUUUCACGACAGGCGCAGUAGUGGCAUUAUUGGAAGCAGAACUUGUAUCUGCUGUUUGUGUUUCGGGUUGCAGAGUUCGAUAAGAAUUGCGUGA